GCGAGUUCAGCCUGAUGGCCAAGCGCAUCAGGAAGGACCUGAGCAACACCUUUGCCAAGCUGGAGAAGCUCACCAUCCGUCAUGGCCAGAGGAAAUCCUGUUGCGAUGAUAAAGCCGUGGAGAUCGAGGAGCUCACCUACAUCAUCAGACAGGACAUCACCAGCCUGAACAAGCAGAUUGCUCAGCUCCAGGAGCUGCUCCGGGCCCGGGGGGGCCCCGGCGGCCGCCACGUCCACUCCCACUCCAACACCGUGGUGGUGUCGCUGCAGUCCAAGCUGGCCUCGAUGUCCAACGACUUCAAGUCGGUGCUGGAGGUGCGGACUGAGAACCUGAAGCAGCAGCGGAGCCGCCGGGAACAUUUCUCGUCCCCUCCGGUCACCCCCAACAACCUCGGUGAGGACCCGGGGGUGCUGCAGGACGAGCCCUCGGGGCCGUGGGCCAUCGAGAUGGACCCCCGGACCCAGCAACAGCUGCAGCUGCUGGACCAGCAGGACUCGUACCUGCAGAGCCGAGCCGACACCAUGCAGCACAUCGAGUCCACCAUCGUGGAGCUCGGCUCCAUCUUCCAGCAGCUCGCCCACAUGGUCAAGGAGCAGGAGGAGACCAUCCAGAGGAUCGACUCGAGCGUGGAGGACGCGCAGCUCAACGUGGAGGCCGCGCACGGAGAGAUCCUCAAAUACUUCCAGGCGGUCUCGGCCAACCGGUGGCUGAUGGUGAAGAUUUUCCUGGUCCUCGUCGUCUUCUUCGUCGUCUUCGUGGUGUUCCUGGCCUGAAUUCCCACAGUUUUGGGAUCCCUGUGGUGUUCCUGGCCUGAAUUCCCACAGUUUUGGGGUCUCCAUGGUGAUCCUGGCCUGAAUUCCCACUUUUUUUGGGAUCCUCGUGGUGUUCCUGGCCUGAAUUCCCACAGUUUUGGGAUCCUCAUGGUGUUCCUGGCCUGAAUUCCCACAGUUUUGGGGUCUUUGUGGUGUUCCUGGCCUGAAUUCCCACAGUUUUGGGAUUCUCAUGGUGUUCCUGGCCUGAAUUCCCACAGUUUUGGGAUUCUCAUGGUGUUCCUGGCCUGAAUUCCCACAGUUUUGGGAUCUUUGUGGUGUUCCUGGCCUGAAUUCCCAAUUUUUUUGGGAUCCCUGUGGUGUUCCUGGCCUGAAUUCCCACUUUUUUUGGGGUCUUCGUGGUGUUCCUGGCCUGAAUUCCCACUUUUUUUGGGGUCUCCAUGGUGUUCCUGGCCUGAAUUCCCA